AUGAGUGACUACGAAGACGCGGUCGAAAGUGCCGACGAUUCUUCACCGGCGACUCCUCCUGGUACCACAAAUAAUAAUAAUAAGAAUUCAGUGAGACACAGGCCGACUCCUCUCCCUCUUUGGGAUCCCGACGAAUUGUCAAUAAGCGAAGAAGUGCCUGGGGUUUUGUCCGAUGAAAUACGACUCGGAGUACUCGCUCAAAACGCUCCGAAAACGGCCAAAGAUUUUGUGAGAAAAGUAUGGAAAGCGCCUUGGACCGUAGUUAAUUAUAAAACUCUACCGCUGUGGCUUCAAGACAACGAUUAUCUCCACACGGGACACAGACCCCCGUUACCUUCUUAUUAUGCCUGUUUCAAAUCGAUAUUUAGGGUUCACACGGAAACCGUAAACAUUUGGACGCAUUUAUUAGAGUCAUGGUGGGAGGUUGCACAAGACAAGGAGCUUCGGCCAUAG